AACACGUUGCUAGAUACUGCACUGGGUGAAACUGUAUAUUUUUUUUGACGCGACAAGAUUUGCGACCAGAAACUAUUCUUCAUUGGUACAGAAUGAAAAAUAUUUUGUACCAAAAAUUACUUCAGAGCAAAAUGCAGAUAUUCGUGAAGACACUGACCGGAAAGACCAUCACCCUUGAGGUGGAGGCUAGCGACAGCAUUGAGAAUGUGAAAGCUAAAAUCCAGGACAAGGAGGGGAUUCCCCCAGAUCAGCAGAGAUUGAUCUUCGCUGGUAAACAGCUGGAAGAUGGAAGAACCCUCUCAGAUUACAAUAUUCAGAAGGAGUCUACCUUGCACUUGGUACUUCGUCUUCGCGGUGGAGUUAUUGAGCCAUCUCUGCGUCUUCUUGCCCAGAAGUAUAACUGUGACAAGGUUAUCUGCAGGAAGUGCUACGCCAGACUUCAUCCCAGGGCAACUAACUGCAGGAAAAAGGCAUGUGGACACACUUCCAACCUGAGACCCAAGAAGAAGCUGAAGUAAGUCUUCACCAUCCUACCCCUGCACGUGUUCUACUCAUAUGAACACGUGUUCCACCAGUUUACAAUUCUGUUCACAACAGUAAAUACUCAUGGUGAUCCAGGGAAAUUAAAGGCUGUGGAUAUUGUUGUUAAAAACUGAUGCAUUCUUUAAUUUCAGA